AUGCUGUGGCGCAAGUUCGGCGGCGGCGACCUGGAGUCGGUCCUCGCGAGCGGCGCCGUCGCCCUCCUCGACGCGCAGUGGAUCAUCAGCCACGCCGAGGCGGGGGGCGUCCUCUCCCACCGCCAGGCGCUGCCCAAAGAGGCCUUCCUCUCCCUCGCCGACCUCGUCGAGGCGACCGACGAGAAUGUGAGCAGCCUUCCCGUCGCCGCGCUCUCCUACCCGUGGCUGACCAAGGACCACCCCGACCCGCGCGGAGCCAACCUCGCCCGCGUCGCAAGGGCGCUCAAGGCCCUGCUCACUGACAAUGACGGCAUGAUCACGCGGCUCGGCGUCUUUUGGGACUUCGGCUCGCUGCACCAGCACCCCGACCCCCCCAACGGCGUCCUACGCACCGAGGAGCAGAACGCGCUCUUCAAGCAUGGGCUGGGCUGCCUCGGCACGCUCUACUCCCACCCGCAGACAUUCGUGCUGCGGCUGACCUCCUUCCCGGACGGCCACGAGGCGGGGGACCAGGCCGAGGGCACCAACGUGGCCAAGUACUUUGACCGCGGCUGGUGCUACACGGAGCAGUGCUGGGCGGGCACGACAAAGGCUUCCUACCUGUCGCUCGACCUCGGCAAGAUGCGCGACGGCGUGGAGUACGAUUCCCGUGGCCUCGUCGGCGACUGCGUCCAGGACGGCGGCCGGCGCCCUCCGCUGCUGCCGUCUGCGUUCGCGGCGGAGCUGGAGAAGAAGAGCUUCACCAACGGCAAGGACGACAAGCCGCUCGUGAAGCGCCUGUACGAGGCCGCCUUCGAGGAGCAGUUUGGCAAGGCGACCCUGCUGAACUACUUCGGCCUCGGCUGGGGCGACGCGGAGGCGGUGCAGCUGGCGGAGACGCUCAUUGUGGAUAGUCAGCCCGCCGAGCUGGCAGCACUGUUCAAGGAGCAAGGCGCGGCAGAGUGCACUGAGCUGAUGGCUGUGUGCGAGGAGCGCGGCAUCAAGCUACCCAUGCAGACCGAGCUGGACUACAGCGGCCUCGGCUGGGGCGGCGCGGAGGCGGCGCAGCUGGCGGAGGUCCUCGCGAGCGGGGCAGCGCCGCGGCUCGAGACGCUCAAUCUCAACCGCCGACGAGGGCUUGAGACGCUCAAUCUCAACCAGAUUGGCGACGAGGGCUGCAAGGCGCUGGCCGCCGCCCUCGGCAAGGAGGGGGCAGUGCCGCGGCUCGAGAAGCUCUCUCUCGACGGCAACAGGAUUGGCGACGAGGGUUGCAAGGCGCUGGCCGCCGCCCUCAAGGAGGGGGCAGCGCCGCAGCUCAAGGGGCUCUAUCUCGACAGCAACAAGAUUGGCGACGAGAGCUGCAAGGCGCUGGCCGCCGCCCUCGGCAAGGAGGGGGCAGCGCCGCGGCUCAAGAUGCUCACUCUCCAGCGCAACAAGAUUGGCGACGAGGGCUGCAAGGCGCUGGCCGCCGCCCUCAAGGAGGGCGAAGGGCGCGGGGCCCGGCGCGAGGGGUAA